AUGGCUGAUGGCAACGAGGAUCUGCGGGCGGACGACUUGCUGGCACCAGCCUACAAGGGCUAUGUGUCCAUGGAGCUUGCCUGCCCCAUGCGCAAUGGCCACAUAGCCGUGGGCAUCAGGUGCCACAUGUUCCUCUGGGGCGGCUACAAGAGUAAUCAAAUCAGAGGAUUAUAUGACUUUUAUCUGCCUAGAGAAGAACUAUGGAUCUACAAUAUGGAGCCUGGAAGAUGGAAAAAAGUUAACAUGGAAGGAGAUGUUCCUCCUUCCAUGUCAGGAAGCUGUGCUGUGUGUGUAGACAGGGUGCUGUACUUGUUCGGAGGACACCAUUCAAGAGGCAAUACCAAUAAGUUCUACAUGCUGGAUUCAAGGUCUACUGACAGAGUAUUACAGUGGGAAAGGAUUGAUUGCCAAGGAAUUCCUCCAUCAUCAAAGGACAAACUUGGUGUCUGGGUAUAUAAAAACAAGUUAAUAUUUUUUGGAGGUUAUGGAUAUUUACCUGAAGAUAAAGUAUUGGGAACUUUUGAAUUUGAUGAAACAUCUUUUUGGAAUUCAAGCCACCCAAGAGGAUGGAAUGAUCAUGUACAUAUUUUAGACACUGAAACAUUUAUCUGGAGUCAGCUUAUUACUACUGAUGCUAGAAUGAAUGAUUUUCACUAUCUUAAUUUGGACACAUGGGAGUGGAACGAAUUAAUUGCACAAGGCAUAUCCCCAGUUGGCCAAUCUUGGUACUCACUAACACCAGUUUCUUCAGAUCAUCUCUUUCUCUUUGGAGGAUUUACCACUGAUAAACAGCCACUGAGUGAUGCCUGGACUUACUGCAUCAGUAAAAAUGAAUGGAUACAGUUUAAUCAUCCCUAUACUGAAAAACCAAAAUUAUGGCAUACAGCUUGUGCCAGUGACAAAGGAGAAGUAAUUGUGUUUGGUGGGUGUGCCAAUAACUUUCUUGUCCAUCACAGAGCUGCACACAGUAAUGAAAUACUUAUAUUUUUAGUUCAACCAAAAUCUCUUGUAAGGCUAAGCUUAGAAGCAGUCAUUUGCUUUAAAGAAAUGUUAGCCAACUCGUGGAACUGCCUUUCAAAACACUUACUUCACAGUAUUAAUCAGAGGUUUGAUAGUAACAACACUUCAGGAUCUUAAGGCUUCAUAGAUAAUGCCUCUGAUCACCUUGCAUGGACAGCAAUUCUGUAAACAUCAGAGAGUGGCAUCGUUUGUAUAAUUAUAUGCAUUGUUGUAGUUUGCAGCUUUUUGGUUUUAAUGUGCAUGUGAAUGGCCUAGAGAACUUAUUUUUGUGUCUAAAGUUUACAAUAAAUGUAU